AUAACACUAGACUGAUCUUCCAAUUCAUGCAGUUGUAAAAGACUCACACAGAGAUGAAUCUCCUUCCCUCUCUCCUUCUGACGUUGGGCUUGGCGCUGACACUCAACUACUCUGUCCUAUCAGAGGCAAGCUUGGGCAGCCCCUUCAUACAAAGUGCACUGGAGGAGGCAAAGAGAAUUGUGGACGAUGCCUAUAAGUACUCCAGAGAGAAGAGUCUGGCCAAAGUGCGUAGCGAGUCAGUCAAGCCUUCAGAUGUGCUACGUCUUUACAAGCAACCGCGCAGAGACACACGGUCCGCCGUGAGAGCUGCAGACUACAUGGAGAACACCCUGAGACUGAUCAAAGCCAAUGUACACCAUGCACACAAACGCUCCAUCAACGUAAUUAAUGCAACAGAUAUACUCUCAGACGAGGAUCUUGAAACCAUCGUCAGAGUAACUGGCUGUGCGGCCAGAGUAAGGCCUCCAUCCUGUCGUUCCACCCCCAACGUCGACAAGUAUCGCACAGCCACAAGUAUCUGCAACAACUUGAAGAACCCUUUCUUCGGAGCCUCCAACACCCCCUUCACACGCCUGAUACCUGCCCAGUAUGACGAUGGUGUCUCUGAGCCUAUAGGCUGGGACCAAAAUAAGAGGUUUAACAACUUCGUGCUUCCUCUGGUCAGGGAGGUCUCAAACCUCAUUGUGAACACAACGGAUGAGGCCGUGGAGAGCGAUCGAGAGUUCACCCAUCUCGUGACCAUGUUUGGCCAGUGGAAUGACCACGACCUGACAUUCACGCCUUUCUCCCCUAGCAUCCGCUCUUUCAGCAAUGGCCUGAACUGCGACGACAGUUGUGAGCGCUCAGAACCCUGCUUCCCCAUCCCAAUUCCACGGCGGGACCCUCGCAUUCCCUUUGGCCCCAACAACUGCAUCCCUGUCUUCAGAUCUGCACCUGUCUGCGGCACAGGAAACACAGCCUACAUGUUUGGCGGUGUGAGCAAUAAGAGGGAGCAGAUCAAUGCUCUAACGGCCUUCCUAGACCUAGGACAAGUGUAUGGUUCAGAGGAGGAGCUGGCUUUGAAGCUCCGUAACCUGACCGAUGACGGCGGCCUUAUGCGCGUCAACACCAACUUUACAGACAACGGGCGGGAGUUGCUACCCUUCUCCACCCUAAAGAGCAACAUGUGCGCUACGCGCAAAAGGAUCACCAAUGACACAAAUGCCAAGGAGGUGCCCUGUUUCAUUGCAGGUGAUGCACGUGUGGAUGAGAAUAUCGCCUUGACAUCCAUUCACACACUCUUUGUGCGUGAGCACAACCGCCUGGCUCGUCAGCUGCGUAGCAUUAACCCACAGUGGGACAGUGAGACACUCUACCAAGAGGCCCGCAAGAUUCAGGGCGCCUACGCCCAGAUUUUAGUCUUCCGGGACUACCUGCCUCACAUUGUGGGCCCAGAUGUGAUGAACCGUGAGCUAGGUCGCUAUCCUGGUUACAAUGAGGCUAUUGAUCCAAGUAUCGCCAACGUGUUUGCUACGGCUGCAUACCGCUUUGCCCACCUCGCCAUCCAGCCCGUGGUGUUCCGUGUUGACCAAAACCUCAAUGAGAAUCGUAGUUUUCCCAGCGUACCUCUAUUUGAGGCCUUCUUCACCCCCUGGAGAGUGGUGUUUGAGGGUGGUAUUGACCCUCUACUCCGUGGUUUGAUAAUUCGUCCGGCCAAAUUGGGUACUCAGGACCACAUGAUGGUGACCGCUUUGAGGGAUAGACUGUUCCAGUUUGUUAUGCACAUAGCUCUGGACCUGGCCUCUCUAAACAUGCAGAGAGGACGUGACCACGGACUGCCCGGUUACAACACGUGGCGCCGGUUAUGUGGGCUCUCUGAGCCCCAAAAUGAACGCGAGUUGGCACAGGUCCUGAACAAUGCUGCACUGGCCCGCAGGCUUCUACAGCUUUAUGGCACACCAGCCAACAUUGAUGUUUGGCUGGGAGGCGUGGCCGAGCCCUUUGUUCAGGAUGGACGUGUGGGUCCACUCUUCGCCUGUCUCAUAGCCAACCAGUUUAAGAGGAUUCGCCAGGGAGACAGGCUGUGGUACGAGAAUCCAGGCGUCUUCAGCUCAAGGCAGAGAGCUUCCCUGAUGUCCGUCUCUUUGAGUCGGAUCAUCUGUGAUAACACUGGAAUCAACAUGGUCCCCCGCAACCCCUUCCUCAUUAGGUCGAUGUCAAACCCUCUUGUCAGCUGCAACGGCCUCCCUUCCCUCAACCUCUCACCCUGGAGAGAGAGACCCUGUGAGACAGGCUCAACAGGCAGUUGCAAGAAUGACAUCGAAAAUGAGAUUGUUUACAAGGACCUGCUGGGCCCCCAGGACCCCCAGGAGAACGAGGUCCUGAAGGCAUGAGAGGUCCCUCCGGACACCCUGGUUCCAACAGCAACGAUACCCAGCAACUAGGGAUGGGCGUAUAUAAAAAAUAUAUAUAUCUCGAUAAUGUAAAAUGUUAAGCCUAGUUUCCCUCUUCUUAGGCUUUGAGGAACCUGUCAGUAGGUUAGUUAGUUUCAUUAAAAUAUAAGUGAUAUUGCGCUGCACUCGAGAGCCUAUACGAUUUGUCUGUCGUGCUACAUGUAAAAUCUGAAUGAUUGUCUCACGAAAAUAGACGUAAUGUUGAGCUGCACUUGAGAAACAAUGUUGAUGUUGUGCUACACUGUCCUAUGAUCGGAACGAGGGUAAUAUGUGAAUUAUGUUGUAGUUGCGACUGCUGUUAUCAUAGUCACUGUCUGGUAAAAGCGAGCAUCCUUCUUUGUAUUCAUUUGUACGAAUCACUUUUAGUAGAACUAUUCACUUUUGCUUCUUGAUUACUUGCUAUUAGAGGCUACUUACUAAAUGCACUAUAUGCCAAUUGUAAUAGAAUCGUCUGAUAAAUGAGUAUAGCUACAUUAUUUUAGGUCCCUCCUACCAGAAUUCAACUUCUAUUUCCCUCUCAGUAAACUACUUGCCACACAACUGUUUUGUGUUUACAAUCAUAUCCAUUUUAUAGAUCCUGCUUCCCACAGCCUUGUUAGUAUCUUCCUAUUUGCAAUGUACAGUGCUUCCUUUGUGAAUGGCUAGUGAAAAACAUCUAAUAAAUGAUG